AACGCAGCGUCAGUGUUGGGGUUCUGUGGAUUGAGGACGUAAGCACACAGACAGCAGACAGCUUCAUCUACUUCAGGCUACUGACGCUUAUAGCUACACCACUGUAGGUUGUUUACCCGCGGUUGUUUUUGUUUUAACAAACAUAACUAUGGACGGAAACGUUUGCAACAUUCAGGUGCUUCUUCGGGCCGCUGAGUUUCUGGAGAGAAGAGACCGAGAGGCAGAACAUGGCUAUGCUUCAGUCCUGCCUCUCAGUCCAGAUCACUCUGACAAGAGAAGCAAGCAGAAGAGUAAAAAGAUUUCUGCUGGUGGUGGCAAUAGGUCAGUUCACAACGAGCUGGAAAAAAACAGACGAGCUCAGCUGAGACACUGCAUGGAGCAGCUCAAAAUGCAAGUCCCUCUGUCAUCGGACUCGAUGAGGAACACCACGCUCAACCUGCUGAGGCGAGCCAAUCUUCACAUAAAGAAGCUGCAGGAGCAGGAUGAGCGGGCAGAGCAGCUGAAGGGUCGCCUGCGCUGGGAGCAGAGAGAGCUGCGGGUUCGGCUGGAGCAGCUGCAGAGAGGCACAGAGAGGAUGAGGAAUGACAGUCAGGGGUCGACUAUGUCGUCUGAGAGGUCGGACUCGGACAGAGAUGACGUGGAGGUUGACGUGGAGAGCAUCGUGUUCGACUGUGUGAACUCGGACGGACUGAGCAUUACACACACUGAUGCAGACCACUGUUACUCCAGCAUGGACAAAGCCUGGCUAUGACAGCAGUAAACCUACCUUAACUCGUUUUACAGUCAGGAAGAGAAGAAAAACAUUCCAAAAACAAGACAACCGAGGAGGAGGGAUAAUGGAGAAAAAUGUUACUGUAACACUGAACGCAUUUCGUUUUACAGAAGGAAUAACUUUUGACAUUAUCUUCAAAAUAUGUCAGACUACAAGCUAAAUGAUAAUGUUACGAAUGAGCUGGCUGCAUUUGCACUGAAUAGCAGUUAAAAACACUGGGCUGUGAUGGACAUUACGCAUAUACAUUUCUGCCAUCAACCAUUAAUGGCAUUUAUUUCAUAAGCCACGCCGUGUCUGUAACUUGUCAAACCGUUCCACUUAUUCAUCUUUUAAGGGCUUAUUCAUUCGUCUUUAAGGGCUUUUUAAAAUCCAAAUAAGUGCUUUUUAUUCAAACCUCUUAACUUAUUCUUUACUACACUAUGUAUAUACUGAAUUCUGCCUUAAAUCAGAUUUGGUCUAGUAUUCCACACGGCUAUUUAGCACUAAUUUCGUAUUUCAGUAAUGUCAUGUGUAGCAUGCACUUAUAUAUUAAUAUGUGCUAUGUUAGUAUUAUUGUCCUAUUAUGUAAGUUCAGUCAUGUUUGGCUCCUUUGUUGCACAAAACGUCCACACAUUGCACUUGUUUUGUCGCAAAAAGAUUAUGGGUAUAUUCAAAGUGAAAGCCGUAAACAGAAAUGGCAUGGUUAUAUUUGCACAUUGAUAUCUGGCAUUUUAGUAACUGGCAAAUAUUCAUUUGGUGUAUGUGUACACAAGUCAGUCUGUGAUCAAGUGCAAGAAGUUUGAUUCCUCUAUUAUGGAGAUAGGAAUAAAGACACGUUUUAUUCACUGCUAGCAUUAACUGGUAUGCUGAGAAGUGUUCAUUAAUCACAACUUUACACUUCAUUGCUUUUGCAUUUGUCAAUAGAAAUGCCAAUUAUGCAUGCAACGAAUGACUCGGUAAGGCAGGUAAUUUAUGCUGUAAUACAAUUGUGUAUUAUAUUCAUUGCUAUAUAUUUAAUAACUGAAGGUGCUUUUUCCACUUUUCACUUUCAUAUAUGCAAGAUGCCUUAUUUUAUUAGUAUGUAUGCAUUCAUCCCAGUAAUAUAAUGUAGCAUUUUUGUACUGGUGCAAGCUUUUUUUAUUGAAUAAAUAUUUUCUAUAUUUA